CUUUCUGUCAGCAUCCUUCAGUGAUGGAGUAGUUAGCAGCUGCAGCAGCAUCCAUGGCCUAGACCAGUACCAUCCCAUUUGCGGCACUGUCUCCCAGUAUCCGGAAGGUGGGAGUGGAGUGGUGGGAGCAGGGGGGGAGGGGGGUGUGAAGCUGCGCUGCCUUUAGCGCCGUUUAUCCAGGGCUGUCCGCCAGCCGCCAUCGUCUGCCACCUCCUCGGAGACAGAGGAAUGAAAAUCCGCAACCAUGAUGGAAGGAUUGAAAAAGCGAACUAGGAAGGCCUUUGGGAUACGGAAGAAAGAAAGGGACACUGACUCCACGGGAUCACCUGAUAAAGAUGGAGGCCCCCAGAAAAGGACCAAUGGGGCUCCAAAUGGCUUCCAUGGGGAGAUUGACUGGGAACGAUAUAACUCUCCAGAGGUGGAUGAUGAAGGAUACAGUAUUAGACCAGAAGAUGAAGAUGGAACCACCCCCAGAGUUAAACAUUUUUACUCGUCCAGUGAGUCAGAGGAGGAGGAAGACCACAGGAGGAAGUUCAAGAUCAAGAUCAAACCUCUGGCGGAGGACAGCGCUCACUGCACUGUGCCCUCGGUGGACGAGCUGAAAGCUUCCAUAGGGAACAUAGCCCUGUCCCCCUCUCCACUGAGGAGAAGCCCGAGACGUAGCCCGGGUCAAAUCAAAAGAAACCUAUCUAGCGAGGAGAUUGCGAGGCCCAGACGCUCGGCGCCCACACCAGCUCCAGUGGGGUCCGCACCCCUACCUCCCACGAGCCCAAAAAUCCCAGAGGAUCCAACAGCUCUGUUUGGGCCUCCACUUGAGACAGCCUUCGAUGAACAGAAAUCAGCAGUUAUAGACGAGUCUGAGGUAUGGGGUGGCGCCACGUCUGAGCCACAGGCAGACUCCUCCGUGACAAGACCCUUUCCCACUGGAACCCCGCCUCCACUUCCACCCAAGAAUGUUCCUUCCGUGCCCCCAGCCUGUGCCUCCCCCAACCCAGAUUUAACUGUCAUUCCGGAUACAAAGGUGUCUGAAGGUGAUGAAGACCAAGGGUCAGCCUUGGGACCUCUGGAUGCCGGCCCUCAGGAAGUCUCCAAAAAGGUCUCUUUGACUGACCUGGACAACAUCUUUGGCCCAGUGAAGCCUCCAAAGUCUGCUGAGGACUCUGCAGACAGCAAGUGGGUCAGCUUCAGCGACGAAUCCCCCGAAACACCACCCCCUCCAAAAGAACCUGCCCCUCCGCCGCCCACGGUUCCUCCCCCAGAAUCACCACCCACCGUUACUCCAGGCCCUGUCUCCGGCUCCGCUGCCGAGACCCCACCGGCUUUGGUGUCGGACUCCCGUGAUAAUCCUCCUCCUCUGGCAGAGAAGCCCCCGGGCAAUGUCCCCCCUCCUCUUGUCCUAAAUGAGGAUGACAAGAGGGGCUGUGAGACACUCCCGCUGAAAGACGACCUCCCUGAGUCCACAGCUUCACCGAAAGAGUUUGGACCCAGCCCCCGGGCCACGCCUCCACCCCCUCCACCUCCAACAUACAGGGCGGUGGUGUCCUCACCUGGACCGUGCUCUGGCACUGGCUCUGGCAGCGGAUCCUCCUCUCCAGCCCGUCCUGCAACACCUUUGGCUGCCAGCAGCCCAACCCCACCCCCUCCACCACCCCGCCCAUCCUCAAGACCUAAACUGCCUCCUGGGAAACCUAGCAUAGGGGAUGUGGCCCGGCCAUUCAGCCCCCCAGUGAACUCCUCAAGCCCGCCCCCAUUUGCCCCGCUGGCCCGGGCAGAGAGCACUUCAUCCAUCUCCUCCACCAACUCUCUGAGUGCUGCCACUACACCCACCGUCGGUAAAGAGUUCUCCCUUUCUGUGUCAGAGAAUGACCAGCCUUCCCUGGUAUGGUUUGACAGAGGGAAGUUUUAUUUAACCUUCGAAGGUUGCUCCCGAGGGCCUAGCCCACUGACCAUGGGUGCCCAGGACACACUCCCUGUAGCAGCUGCCUUCACGGAGACUGUGAACGCCUACUUCAAAGGAGCGGACCCCAGCAAGUGUGUGGUGAAGAUCACUGGGGAGAUGGUGCUGUCCUUUCCUGCUGGGAUCACUCGGCACUUUGCCAACAACCCCUCGCCUGCUAUUCUAACAUUCAGCAUAACAAACUACAACCGGCUGGAGCACGUCUUGCCUAAUCCGCAGCUCCUGUGCUGUGACACCACACAACCUAAUGCCAGCUCCAAGGAAUUCUGGGUGAAUAUGCCUAACUUGAUGACCCAUUUAAAGAAGGUGGCUGAGCAGAAGCCCCAGGCAACAUACUAUAAUGUCGACAUGUUGAAAUAUCAGGUUUCUACUAAUGGCAUCCAGUCCACUCCACUAAACCUGGCUGUCAGUUGGAGGUGUGACAGUGCCAGCACAGACCUCCGGAUAGACUACAAGUACAACAGUGAGGCCAUGACCACACCGGUGGCCCUCAACAAUGUCCAGUUCCUGGUGCCAGUCGAUGGGGGAGUGACUAAGGUCCAGGCAAUGCUCCCCCCUGCAGCAUGGAAUGCUGAACAGCAGAGGAUCCUGUGGAAGAUCCCAGAUAUAUCUCAGAAGUCCGAUAAUGGAGGAGUGGGCUCCUUGCUCGGUAGGUUCCAACUGACGGAGGGGCCCAGCAAGCCCUCACCCCUGGCUGUGCAGUUCACCAGCGAGGGCAGCACUCUCUCUGGCUGUGACAUCGAGCUGGUCGGGGCUGGAUACAGGUUCUCCUUGGUCAAGAGGAGAUUCACAGCAGGAAAAUACUUGGCUGAAAAUUAACCCCAUGUACCAGAAAAAUACCCAUUAAUUAAUAUGGAUGGACUAGGUGUGAAAUUAAGAAAGAGGACACUUAUUUAAAGACAAAACAAUAAGUCCAGCAAUGGCUAAAACAAAUGUUUUUAACCCUUUUUAAUUUCCAGAAGGCUGCAAGGUGACCCAUCUAGCAGUGUUGUAUAACUUGCUAAUAGAAUUGUUGUUAGUUUUAUGAUGUAAUUACUGUGUUCUGAUGUAAUUACUUAAUGUGAAUAACACAUUUAUCAUUACAUUAUGGUUAUUAUUUAUUUGCUUAGCAGAUGUUUUUAUCCAGGUUAGAUUUCUUGUUUUUAUGCAGUUGGAUUUUUUCUUGGGUUUUAGUUAUUGUUUCAGAAAGUACAGUGGAGGACUGUCUUCAUAGCCAAGGGGAAAUUAAUUAAGCUUUCUGUAAAUGUUCAGCUCUUAUAUCAGGCACAGACAUAUUCUCGUCACAUUUAAAAAAACAACAUAAUGUAACGUGGGGUCUGAAAUAUGUCAACUUCUGACAGCGUUUUCCACUCCCAUGUAUUUUGCAAUUAUUAGUGUUAAUAUGGUUGGAUGAUGGCCAGCUACAUAAGGCAAAUAUGUUUUCUUUCGUUCAGUAUUGGAAAUAUUGCAGAUCAAAUAUGUUUUUUUAAACCAUAACUUUACGUACAGUGGGCACAUAAAAUGUAUAUAAAACAUAUUUCUCUUGCCUUUUAUACAAACAAAUACACUAAAUCUAAGUGAAAGGUGUUUUGGGGCGUCUGGUUAUAUAGUGCUUAACAAUGCUGGUCUGCAACCUGAAAGGAACUCUGCUGUUGUACCUUUUACAAGGUGCUGAACUCGAAUUGCUCCUGUAAAAUAUCCAUCUGUAUAAAUGAGUAUAAUUGUCUCUUUUGAUAAAAAUGUUGGCUAAGCAAUCAAGUAACUUUAUAGUUUUGGUGUUAAUGUCAGCAGCCUAGUUCCACCCCAAAAAAGGACAUUUCAGUUAUCCAGUUAUUCAGGGGUUGGCACCACUGGCCUUUCCUUUUAUAGGCAAGUGCCCACAACUGCCUAGCAAAAAAAAAGGUAAAUAAAUAAAACACUUGUGUGUCAGAAACUGUACGUAUUCUGCAUCAAAACAUGCAUCCGCUCAUCCCAAAAAAGUAAAUGAUAGAGUAUUUGAGUGUUGUAUUUUUCUGUUUGCAGUAUGUAAAAUGUUUUCCUUGCAAUGUAAAACUGAUAAUAUAAAAUGGUUGCUAUGUUUUCUAAAGGUUGUAUAGUGUUUCGACAUUCUUUCAUAUAGUGUUUCUGCUGUUCCACAGGCAGCAGUGUUAUACAUUACAGCACACUGAACGCAUUACAGUACUAUAUUUU